AAACCACAAAGUUUGGCUGUGUCUCAUUAUAAACCACAUAGUUUGACUGUGUCUCAUUAUAAACCACAUAGUUUGACUGUGUCUCAUUAUAAACCACAAAGUUUGGCUGUGUCUCAUUAUAAACCACAAAGUUUGGCUGUGUCUCAUUAUAAACCACAAAGUUUGGCUGUGUCUCAUUAUAAACCACAAAGUUUGGCUGUGUCUCAUUAUAAACCACAAAGUUUGGCUGUGUCUCAUUAUAAACCACAAAGUUUGGCUGUGUCUCAUUAUAAACCACAUAGUUUGACUGUGUCUCAUUAUAAACCACAUAGUUUGACUGUGUCUCAUUAUAAACCACAUAGUUUGAUUAUUAUUCAUCAUAAAUCACGUAGUUUGGCUGUGUCUCAUUAUAAACCACAUAGUUUGACUGUGUCUCAUUAUAAACCACAUAGUUUGGCUGUGUCUCAUUAUAAACCACAUAGUUUGGCUGUGUCUCAUUAUAAACCACAUAGUUUGACUAUUAUUCAUCAUAAAUCACGUAGUUUAACUGCUUUUCAAGCACGUAGUUUGGCUGUUUCUCAUUAUAAAUCUAAUAGUUUAACUAUUAUUCAUUAA